AUGAUGGCUUCAUCCCGCUCGUGCACGACUGGAGAAAAUCGAAUCGUCAGCAAGGCGAUCUCACAGCGACUGUUCAUUUCGCUGCAAGGACGAGACGCGCUUCGCAAGUCAAGCAGUGAGAGGACAUGUAAAAUUCCUGACAGCAGCUGUCACUUGGUGGCUAUGUGGCACAUACUAAAGCUAAAGUUGAUGCAUUCCCGGCAGGUUGCGCACGACGGCAAGCACUCCAAGCCAACGAACGUGCAACUGCGUGAUGCGCUCCACCGAAACCGGGAUUUAGUACGCAAUUCGGGGACCCCCUUCAAGCCCCAUUUGUCGUCUUUCUAG